AUGGCCACUUUCGAGAAGCCGUCGUGGAGUAGCAAGCCCAACGUCGAGUACAAAAGGCAAUACCAGAGACGCAAGACGGCCCUGCUGUAUGGUGCGAGGUUCGAUCUGGCGAUCCGGUUUGCCCACCCCAAGGAGAUCCCGAGAUCGAUUCAUGCUUUGGAGGUCCUGAAGGAGCUUCUGCUAGAGGCCCGGUCCGAGCAACGCGAAGCCCAGCAAGACAUCAUCUACCCAUCAGCCAAUAUCGAGCAUGUCAAGAAAUUCCUGCAGAACCAUGGCCUCCUCAAUCAAGUCUUCACAACCAACUACACUAAAGAGAACAGGCGCCAAGUCAUCGCGAUCCCAAAAGAGCUACUCCAAACAGUCCAGGUUCUCCUUGCACCAGCAAUGUUUGACAUAAGAUACAGCAACGACAUCAUCGGCUUCCCCCAAUCGCAGCAAGUCGUGUACUCUACGGUCCUGGGCCAGCCAAUCUUCGCUGGCUGCAACAGUCUAGACGUUAAUACGGAGUGGGUCCUCCACAACCUCAAUUUCUGGCGAUACCACAUGCUGCGUGAAAGCGAGGCCACGCUCGCCUUUGCUUUCAAAGACCUUGCACACGACGAGCUACCACGAUUUUGGCAGAAGCGCUUGACCCAUGGUGGCGGCGAUAGUCUCGGCAAGCACUGGAAGGGCAGUUAUGCCUAUGUCGGCCGGGAAGACAUUGGUGACAUCCGUGCUGGAGAGGGAGCCGUGACGCCGAUAAUUGAUGAGUUCAAUGGAGACGACAAGUUCGGUACAGGUGCUUUUCAAGAUCUGCAGCUCUCGCUAGUCGAUGAGGAAGCCGUGCUAUGGCCGCCAUCAUUCGAAGAAGCCCUGAACUCUCUGGUGGUUCCGGAGUGCCGCGCCAAGACUCGCGCUCAGAAACGUUCAGCUGCCCCCCACAGUAUCGCUGCCUUCAAGCCACAGAAUUUCCAGUUCAAUGGCGAGGGAUCGGAUAACACGGAGGAGUUCAAUGCUCUGGGCUGGCUGAAUGCUUUGCCGCCGCAGCACGACGUACCAGGCUGGCAACGCAUGACCAUGAUGAAGUACUUCCAGGAUCCAGAUACUGGUCUCAUCGACGAGGCAGCGCUGUGGGCUUACGAGGGCGUGGUGCUACCGGGUGGUCAGAUCAUCGUGGGGAGAUGGUGGUGUGUCGACGAUGGUGUGGGUGAGGACCAGUAUUCCGGACCAUUUGUCCUGUGGUGUGUUGACGGGCCAAGAUAUCCGAAGAACGAGGGUGCACUGAAUGAGGACGAUUUGCCUUGA